UCUAAGUGUUGUGAAAAUGAGAUUGUAAACAUUUUUAAUUUGCCUUGUUAGUGCUCAACAAUACCCUCACCACUAUCAGCUAUGACCGAAGUUAUAGUCGGCAUGGAGAAUAAAUUGUAGUAAAAUAUGUACUGAUUACAAAGGUCAUCUGCUGCAAUAAAAACCAAUCUUUAUUGCUCAAUCAUAUGCGCAGUUUAUAAUAAGCAACAUUAUUACAUGGUUCAAUGGGUCAAGUUCUGUACUACAAAAUGAAAGAAAAAGUAAUCAGCAUGCAUGUUGUCCAAAAACCAAAAGGGUAAUAUUGUUGUUGAUAAUUAUAUUGUAGUAGUAAUUCCAGAUAAUCAGUAUUAUCAUUACAAACAGUAGGAGUGCUUAGAUUGAUCGGCAAAUGUUGUAAAUUAAUUUUUCGCCCCUCAACUGGCGGGGUAAACACUCGAUAUAGCCAUCCAUUUAGCAGCUAAAGAGACCAAUCUGCUGCGAUUUCGCAGCCAUCUACGAUGUUGCAGGCCUGCUCCGCGUGCCACGUGCCUCCCUGCUCGUGAUUCAGGAAUCAGCCGACUGCAUUAGCGGGCAAACGGACCUGGUGCUGGUGGAGUGAGGUGCGGAUGCCACAAGAGUCGCAGCCAUGCGUAAUGCACUCCGGCGUAGUUUCGUUUCGAAGCCAUAAAUUUUUAUGGGCCGCAUGCAGCAAACAGCGGGAGGCGGUCCUGUUCUUGGUAAAAGUGGGCGAACGGCUGAUUAAAGUGAAGAGCCAGCAGAUGGGGGGCUGGAGAACUGCGCCCUCCUCCCUGGAUUCAAAUGGUCCAAGAUGCGCUGCGCAGUUCUAAGAUCUUUCAACUGCGUUUUGCUUUGCUUUUGUACGCCAGUCUGUUACCACCCAGAUUUUUCGAGUGACCACAGACCGAAAAGUACUCGUUGGCUAACCGCCGGCUAAUCAUAUCACAUCUAGCCAAAUUGCAGAAAUACUUUUGCCAAAAAUAAACCGCCAGCGAAGCGCUUCUGACAAUGGGUCAUCAUCAAUUAUGCGAUCGCUUCGGUUAACUGAAGUGCGACAGCGUAUAUCUCUAUAUCUCCAUAUCUCCAGAGGAGCCGACCGCCGUUUUUGGCCGGGCACUUAAUCAAGAGUCCGGAGACAUGAGCAAACAUUUUGGCCACCCUCUCCGGCGGAAUGAUAACCGCAAUUAACGGCAUUACACGGCAGGUGGGGGAAAAGCCGGCCACUUACAGGCGAUUUUGGCCAGCGGCGAUAAGGCGCGCUGGCGUCCAACAAUAAUUGGCCCGAACAAGCUGUCAUGAGUGGCGAGGAAUUAAAAGCCGCUCGCAAUUAAAAUAAAUAAGUUAGUAAUAGAUAUUACGUAGAACGAAGCGCUGCUCCGAAGAGCGCGAACCCGAACCAACCCAUCCGACUUCCGAUACUCCGAUAUUCCGCUACUGGCGGACUGGACAGGCGUUUCGCCAACUCGCUGCCAAAAAGCCACAAGUUAAAUAGUUAGUUAGUUGAUCGAGAAAGGGCCAAGCGGAUGGCCGUGAAAACGCAGCGCGCGAAAAAGAAAAUAGAAAAUCGUCGCGAAAUCGUCGCACUCCUGGAAACUUACUUACUUGAGUCCCGUGAUUCGAAAAACAACGAGGUAUGACGAACCGGAGAAUGGAUACACUUGGGAUUUUCGUACUCAUCAGCUACUUGGGAUUAUCAAGUGCGGCCGGAGUUCAUCUGAGCGAUCUUCAGCAGAAUCUGGCCGCCAAUGGAUCGGUGGUGCUGUCGCCUUUGAACACCACGGAUGCGUUCAGUGUGUCCAUCAACCUGUCGCAAUCCACUGUGAACAAUUGUCCUUCACUGGAAAACGCAGAGUCCAUGGCGCAGAUGGAGCUUCUGACGAGACUAACCGCCGGCUGUCGCUAUGACAGGAUGGUUCCACCCGUGGUCCACAACAAAGAUGGCGAGGAGGUGCCCAUGGACAUAUAUGCCCGGUUCUACAUAUAUGUGAUGAAGAACCUGGACUCGAGUGACCUGCAGUUUACGGUGCAGGGUCUGCUGCAGUUGCGCUACUUGGACCCGCGCCUGGCCUUCUCCAGCUAUCUGCCCAACCGCAGGCAGCCCAUAAUGGGGGAGUCGGAGCUGAAGAAGAUGCUCUGGGUGCCACAUAUAUUCCUGACCAACGAACAGGCCUCCACUGUCCUGGGCACCAGCGCCAAGGACGAGCUGACCAGCAUUUAUCCGAAUGGCACGGUUCUGACUUCCACGCGGCUGCAGGCCACGCUGUACUGCUGGAUGAACUUCCAGAAGUUUCCGUUUGAUGAGCAGAAGUGCAAGACCACAUUGGAAAGUUGGAUGUACAACACCACGCUGGUGCAACUCCACUGGGAGACCGAUAACCCAGUGAGCUUCGACAAGCAACUGCAGCUGACGGAAUACAACCUGAUUGGGUCGCUGUACAACGAGUCCAUCCGGGUGUCCAACGAAUCCUACAUGUCCCAUGGCUCCUUGGAGGGCAACUACAGCAUCAUUAGCUUCACCGUCCUGCUGACUCGAGAGGUGGGCUACUACGUGAUCGACUACUUUCUGCCCUCGAUCAUGAUAGUCACCAUUUCGUGGGUGUCCUUCUGGCUGCAGGCGGAUCAAACCCCCGCCAGGACUACUCUGGGCUGCACCACGCUGCUCUCCUUCAUCACUCUGUCCUUGUCCCAGGAGAACAAUCUGAUGAAGGUGAGCUACGUGACCAUGUCGGAGGUGUGGUUCCUGGUCUGCACCAUCUUCAUUUUCGGCAGCCUGGUGGAGUUCGCCUUUGUCAACACCAUCUGGAGGCGAAACAACGAUCUGCAACUCAAGAAGAGAACCACCAAGUAUAUAGUCAAGUCCACAUUUGUGCCACAUCUGAAGAAACAUCGGCGGCAUGGAUAUAAAAGGACCGAUAGCACCAUGAGCACCAUGAGCACCACCAGCAUGGACAAGACCUGCGGUCCCAACAACACCGUGAUCACCAUAGAGACCCCCAUCAUUAUAGGAGGCAGUCUCAGUCGCGAGGACUCGGCCAUUAGCUUGGACGAGCAGGACGAGACUUCUACCUCGGAGUCCAGCGAUUCGUCGAAGGUGAAGCCCGCGCAGACCUUCGCCACCAUGACGCCCAAGGAGGUGUCCCUGUGGAUCGACCGCAAGAUGCGGUUCGUCUUCCCUCUGUCCUUCAUCGUGUUCAACGCCUUGUUUUGGACCCUGGUCUACUGCCUUUGAGGCGUUCGUCAGGGAAAGAGAGCCAUUCUGUGAUCCUGGAGCAUCCUCACCCUUGCCUCACUAGCCUUAGUUUCCAAAGGUACGAAGACACUUGCUUAACGUUCGGCCGACUGACUAAAUCUUCUCGCGAGGACACUAAUCUUGUCAAAACCCCACCCAUGCUAUGGCAAUAAAUGUUUUCAGGCUCUGCAAUGCGAAAAUGGUGUAAUUAUUCCCCAGUCGGCCGAAUCUUGAGCAAGUGUCGCGCACCCACAAAUCCCCGCCAGGUGAUGGGGAGAUCCCUCCUCUCCGGGGCAGUACGUGUUAUGUAGUCUGUAUUUGUUUCUAAUAAAUUAUACGUUUUGAUACAACACCUCCCCCGACUGAGCACGUAC